GGGGUGGUGACACUUCUGUUCAGACCAGGAGGGGGUUUACCAGGAGGAGGACCCAAGCCUGGCCUGCCUUGUCUGCCACCUGGACCCGGUGACCAUCUCUGGGGACCCAGUAGGUCCAGGCCUUCCACACGAAAAAUCACAGCAUAGACCAAGUUCGCUUGUGCAACAUGUAUGUGACAUCCAGAGCUGUGGGCCAGCAUGGUGACGAUGACCUUGGAUAACUCAUUCUUGGCGUGCACUCGUUCCGUUUGUGGUGGAGGCACCUGAGGCCCAUCCGUUCUGCGGGGAAGGAGCCCUGCUGAGGCCAGAGCCUGGGACUUCGGGGCUGCGGCGGGAGCCCAGGGACCCUAGGGCGGCGAGGGGAGGAGGGAGUUUCCAUCCUGUCAGCCGAGAUGUAGGGUGUCGGUGCUGCCCUGCCCCAACUCCGCAUUCCCUUCGACUGGGCACUGGACAACGGGAGGGGCAUUUGUAGCCGCAGCCCCUGGGGGAUGGGGGCUGUGGGGAGAGCAGGGACCCCUGGGUCCCAGGGCCCCUUAUCAGCGGGUGCCAGGCAGCUCCCUGGGCCCUGUUAUCAGUCCCAGAGUCCACAGGACGCUCCUAGGGUUAACGUGUAACCACACGCUGUCCCUUCCACCCCCAAAGCCACUGGUGUCCACAUAUGAGCCACUCGGGGGGCUCACAGGCCAACAUGGACGCUGGGAAAGAGGGGCUGCCCCGGAAGCCUCGCUCCGCCCAACCACCACACGUGGGCAGGUGGCUGAGCCUCUUCUUCCUCGCCUGUGCUGCCUACUUCAUCCUGUGGAUCCCCGGGGACCCACCGUCCUGCAUCGGUGCCCUGGUCAAGUGCCUGCCCAUCCUCUGCCUGGUGGCGCUCCUGCGGGCCGUGCGUGCCAGAGUAGUCCUGCAGGGGGCCCUGCUGUCCUCAGCCGUGGGGGACGCCUGCCUCGUCUGGCCUGCCGCCUUCCUCUACGGAGUGGCCGCCUUCACCGUGGCCCACCUGUUCUACCUCUGGGCCUUCGGCCUGACUCCGCUGCAGCCAGGCCUCCUGCUGCCUGUCGUCCUGGUCUUUGUCCCCUACUACGGCCUCCUGCUGCCGCAUUUGUUGCCCGACAUGCUCCUGCCCCUGACAGCGUAUGUGCUGGUCCUGGCUGCCAUGCUGUGGCGUGGCCUGGCCAGAGGCGGGAGCGCCGGCUGGGGCUCACUGCUCUUCACGCUCUCGGAUGCCCUGCUGGCCUGGGAUACCUUUGCCCAGCCCCUGCCCUACGCCCGCCUGGCAGUCAUGGCCACCUACUACUCCGCCCAGGUCCUUAUCGCCCUGUCGGGCUUCCGGGGCCCUGGGCUCAAGACCAACUAAGCAGGGGCCAUGGUGGGCUGGUCUCCGCCCCCUCCCCUCCCACAAGGGCCUGGACGUCCCAGACCGGCUCACCUGAGAAACUCCCUCGGGGCUAGGAACCAGGCUCCCCAGACUGCUGUCCACAGGCGCUGGCUGUCUGGAGACGUGUGGGAACUGUUCGCAGAACCCCGAAUCCGCCACCAUGUUCCCACCGCCUUCCUCCUGGUCCGUUUCCAGGCCCUUCAGCCAGGCCCACGCUGGGCCCUCCCCAGCCUCCCACUGCCUGCCCGCUUCCCUCUGGCUCUCAGCUGUUUUUCUGUGGCCUGAGUAAAGUGGACUUUGAAAUGGC